UAUUAAUUUGAAUGAAGAAAAUGUUUAAACUGAAUUCAAGAGUUUUUCUAAUAAGUUACCUCCUUUGCCAUUUAACAAGCAACCGAAAUGUAUCAGGACAUGGCCGACUAAUGGAUCCACCAGCAAGAAAUAGUAUGUGGCGAUUUGGUUUUCCUAACCCAGUCAACUAUAAUGACAACGAACUUUUUUGUGGUGGAUAUGCAGUUCAAUGGGGUCAAAAUGAAGGAAAGUGUGGCAUUUGUGGAGAUCCCUAUCAUGUUCCAGUACCAAGACCUCAUGAAGCUGGUGGAAUAUAUGGUAAAGGGACUAUUGUCAGACACUAUCAAGUUGGACAAUUAAACACAGUCAGGCUAUGGAGAAAGGGCUUCCCCUACCAUACCUUCAAUCUGAGCCCCAUCAAUUUUCACAGCUUAAACACAAUAACGUGCUACGAAGGGCCAUAG